GUUGCGUUUUUGACUCUCAAAUUCAGUAGAAGUACAGAAGUAAAGUUCACCGCGCUAUAUCUGUUUUACUUGUUAGUAUUUAGUAAACCCCGAUUGAACUUGUCAAUAUCAUGGCCGAGAAAGCUUUUCGGGAACUACGGGACAUGCAGGCCACAGGAACCCUGUGUGAUGUUACGCUGAAAGGUGCGGAGGAUUCUUCAGCUGGCAUACCUUGUCAUCGCAACAUCCUUAGCGCGCACAGCUCGUAUUUCCGCACAAUGUUUACGACUGAUCUGAAAGAGAGGUCCGAAUCCAGCAUCCGAUUAAAGAACAUCUCCACGAGCACGCUGAAAGAUCUGGUUGAUUAUGCCUACACAAUGGAAAUCAAGAUCGAUGCGCACAACGUGGAGCCGCUUUUGACAGCAGCGCUGUUUCUGGACCUUGUGGCCGUCGUGGAUUUGUGCUGGACGUUUGUGGAGAAGCACAUGGAUGUUGGCAAUUGUCUGAUGGUUCACUGCUUGGCCGAUCGGCAUCAUAAUACCCGAUUGGCCGCGAAAGCCAAAGCCAUGGUUCUUCGUAAUUUUGCCCUGAUUUCCCAGUUAGCUGAUUUUCUGCUCAUCGAUGGAGAAAAGGUAACCGAGCUGAUCGCGUCGGAUAAUUUGCGUGUGGACAAAGAGGAUGACGUGCUGGAAGCAGUUUUGCGCUGGCUGCAUCACGAUCCAGCCGAACGGCAAGCGCACCUGUCUCUCAUGUUGCAGUUUGUGCGGGUGGUCUUCCUCGGCCCUAACGCCCUGGAGAAGUAUUUCUUGGCACUCUUUAAUGGGUUUCUUAGCACAGCGGCUGUCGAUUCUACACCGUCGCGGAUUACAGAUGCCUUGCCAAACCGUCUGGCAGAGGCCGUCGAGGCUCGUUGUCGCCCCCGGGAAUCGUACGGUUUGCGGAAAGCGGUUGUUUGCGCUGGCGAGUGGGAAGAUGCGGAUGCUCCUUCCGUGGACGUUUUCAUACCAUCGUCUUCCAGUGUUUUAUGCAUCGCCAGUCUUCCAGACCACAUUAAUGCUCCCGGCUUGGCGGUGCUGGAAGAUGGGUCGCUUUUAGCGUGUGGUGGACGUUCCGGUCCCGACGCCGAGCUCCAAUCCGAAGGACGAGUUUGGCGUUAUGAACAGGCUCGCAACGGGUGGACUGAAGUCUCACCAAUGCGACAGCCUCGUUAUGGGAUGGGCGUGGCUACGUGGAACGGUUGCAUCUAUGCCGUUGGGGGUGCUGAUUUGCAAGCUCAGAAUUUGUCAUCAGUGGAGUCGUACAACCCACAGGAAAAUCGUUGGCAGUUCGUGGCUGAUCUGCCAGAGGCAUUGACCGAGUUCGCCAUGGUGGUGUUUGACAAUCGGCUCUUCGUGUUCGGUGGGACGAAUUCGCAUCUGCAGUCUGUUAACAGCGCCUACUCCUACGAUCCUGUAGCGAAUAUGUGGACCAAGUUGGCCGACAUGCCGACGGCGCGAUGCGCCUGCUCUGCUUGCGUGGAUAAUAGCGGAAUAGUUUACGUGAUCGGUGGAGAGGCCGAAGACGGGCGUUGCGUGGAGGUCUAUAACACCGCUACCGACCAAUGGCAGAAAAGACGCGGUACAAUCGGACAUCGGGAUUCAGCUGUCAGUGCGUGCUUGGGCGGAAGGAUUUUUGUCAUGGGCGGGAUGGAUAAGUCGAUCGAAUACUAUAACGAAGACACCGACGUGUGGACGCUGCACAGCUGUCAGCUGCCGCAUUCAAAAUUCCUUAGCGGUGGCGCUGUGAUGACAAUGAAGUCGGCUGGGCAGGCCACGUAGGUGCGCAUCUGACCAGUAAUGUGGACGAAUAGCCGACAUCACCUGCGAGAUAUUUUCCGCGCAACUUACAAGAGUACCAUGGCGUUCUGAUACGGGUUCAUGGUACACUGGUGGAGGUCAAUUACAUUUGGGUAACUGUUGCGCGUCGGGUAAUGGAGAGAACGCGUAAAAAAUUAGCCAUGACUCAGCAGAAAACAAUCGUCCAAUCGUCAGUCAAGUACGCUUCCGUGCCAAGAAAGAAAUUGAACACCGAAGUGAAACUGAAAAACUCAUUUUUAAUGCUGUAAUGUGGUAUUACGUCAAAAAAGUUAUUAUGAGUUUUGGAUUGCGACUCUGGGUCGUUGGAUUUACUUAUGGUCCAAACACAUACAAAUUUUGUUGAUCUGUGCAGGAGAGUUACGAGUUACUCGUAGUUUGGGUAAUGGUUGCGCUUCGACGUCGAAGCGAAACGCUUACGCGGACAAGUAAGCUGAAAACCCAUCCCAGAUUUUGUGACUGCGAAUCAGAAUGUUUGCUUGGUUACGCGCUGUUACGUCACAUUUUUUUCGCGUUUUCCCGUUACCCGACGCGCAACGCUUACCCAAAUGUAAUUGACCUCCACCACUGUUCUGUUAUGUUCUGUUGCCGCACCACGUGGCAGAUGCCUUUUUGGGAGUCUGUUUGUUUUGUUUUUUGGCAUAGUACGAUGGGAAACAGAUGAGUUUAUGACGAUAAGUUAGCGUGUUUAAUGAUGGUUUGCCCAGUCGGUACAGUAUUUGAUUUGUUCGAGAAUUAAGGGACUGCAUUAUUGUAA